GUUUGGAACGCAAAAGGUGAAAAGGUUUUUUUGACCAUUCUGUUAAGAUGGAGAACCAGUGGUUGAGAGCUGACAACACCACUAUAUCCAUCUGGGUUCACCUUGCAAAUAUCUUUCUUGCCUUUUAUGAACGUUUGAUGGGUACUGUUCCUCCGCUUUGUGGACUCCAGGAAACACUUUGGUUAUGGGUUUUAGGCUGAAUCUUAAAUGGGGGUUUUCAGUUCAAUCACCUUCCUUCACCAACUCAUCUCCUUGGCCUUCCUCAUAUUCCUGCUGGGGGCCGUUCUGUGACUCUGCAAGGGCAUCUUUCCCACCUGUUAUUUCUGGAGAUAGUGAGACUUUGUACAAUGAUCCUCUGCAAGCACAUGCUUGUUCAUCCGCUUCACAAACCUUGAGCAAUGAUUACUCAGAAAUGGAAGAAAUAAAGAUGAAUGUUGGCAAGAGGUCCCGCCGUUGCUUAUAUAACAUGGUUGAAAAUAAUAUCCAGGCACCCAAUGCAGAGGAUAAAUUGGUAUUGAUAACAAACUUACAAACAAGCAAAGCAUCACAUUUCAGUUUAUUGAUGGAAAAUCUUGUCAUGUUGGAGGAGACAUUUGCUGACUCAGACGUGGUAAGGUUGGAAAGAGAUAUUCUGGGGCAAUUAGAAAGGCUUGGAGCUCUGAAAUUAUUCCAUACAUGUCUCUCCAAGGCACUUAAUUACCCCACUCUAUUUGACUUGUCUGAUGUGCCACCUGUGCUUAGUGAAGAACAUCGGAUGAAUAACGCUUUGGAUAAACACAUGACUGAGAUUGUUGUUCGCUCUGGUAAGAAGGGGAAAAGAAAAUUAAGAAGAGAGAGAACAUCAAAAAAGGCAAAAAAUGUAUGUUCAUUACCAUUGCCCUCAAAAUACAAUCGUAAAGACCCCCAACAGUUUAACUUUUCUUCAGUAAGAAGAUCAGCAAACUCCAGAAAUAGAAGACUUAGAGUUGCUAAGAAUGUGGCAGAAAUGUCGAGAGGGGUUAAGUUGGUUGCAAACUUGGAAAGAAUCAGAGAAAUAGUGGAAGAGGAAACAGGGCAAAUAGCUAGCUUGAGUAACUGGGCAGAAGCUGCUGGAGUUGACAAGAAGGUAUUGCAGGAGCAUUUGCAUUUUGGUUGGGAUUGCAGGGAUGAGCUUUUAAGAAGUACAAGAUCCUUAGUUAUAUACCUUGCAAGAAACUACAGGGGACUGGGAGUGGCCUUUGAAGAUAUAAUUCAGGCAGGAAACUUUGGUGUCUUGCAAGGUGCAGAAAGGUUUGACCACACUAGAGGGUACAAAUUCUCAACCUAUGUCCAGUACUGGAUAAGAAAAUCAAUGUCAACGUUGAUGGCACAGCAUGCCAGAGGGAUUCGAAUUCCUGUAACAUUAAGCAAGGCCAUAAAUCAGAUACAGAAAGCUCGAAAGAUGCUAAGUAACAUCCAUGGGAAAUGCCCAGACGAUGAUGAAAUUGAAAAGUUCACUGGUCUAUCCUUCGCUAAAAUUACUUCAGCUAGCAAAUGCCUAAGGGUCGUGGGUUCAGUUGACCGGAAAGUGGGGGAUUGUACCAGUGCAAAGUUUUUGGUAUGACCGGUCUUUUAUUUUCUGCAUCCUUUCAUAUUCUAUUUUUUGUAGCGUCUAGUUCAUGUGAGCAUAUAUAAAUGGCUGAUUGAAAUAGAGCUUCACAGGCUUGAUUUGAAUCAUAGAUUCUACAGAAUCUUUAGUUUGUUAGUCACUUAGGAUACAACAAAGAGGAUAAAGGGUCAUUGUUGUGAGUUGUUUGCCUGGCACUUUUACCACUCUUGCUUAUCGGAGGAAGGCAAGACUGCACUUGAUUGCCCCCACUGACUCAUUGGCAACUAAGUGUCGUCUAAUCAUUGGGUAUGUUGGUCCACAACGGCAUACUUGGGAACUCCAACUUUUACUAUCUCAUUGCUUUUAUGCUCUUUCAUGUUUGCUUUUAAAUUUUAAGAAGCUUAGUAUUUGGAUUAUUUUCUAAUAUUGGAAUGAGUUAAACUCACAUACUAAAAAGAAGACCAUUGUGUUCACUCUUCAAUUUAAAGAAUUUUGUUUCUGUGUAUUUCCUAAGAACUUUGCACAAUAAAAGCAUUUUUUCUUGCGCAAAGGUCUGUUUUCCCCUAUGGGGGAGCCCCCUUUUUAAUUCCAGAAAAAGCAAUAGCCCACAGAGCCAGGCUGAAUCUGAGGAAUGAAGAUUGUGUGUAAUUGUUUUGCUUUUGUAACUCAUAGAUGCAUUAGCUAAAAAUAUUUCGGCCACAUGAUUCUGUGUGUUACAAUGUGUUGAAACAUUUUAUAACUCAGGAACUUAUACCUGAUACGUCAAUGGAGAUCCCCAAUGAACAUGUCAUGAGGCAACAUAUGAUAAAAGACAUUUAUGAUCUUCUUAAAGGAUUGGAUCCAAGAGAGCGGCAAGUGUUGAUUCUAAGAUUUGGGCUUGGGGACCAUCAACGCAAGUCACUUGAGGAGAUUGGGAGGCUUUUCAAUGUAAGCAAAGAAUGGAUAAGGAAGAUAGAACGAAGAGCCUUAACAAAACUAAGAGAUGAAGAAACCCUCUCAAAUCUAAGCCAUUACUUGUAUGUGCAGUUGCAAUAAGUCCAAUAUGGCUGUGUUACCAGAUACUGGGGUCGAGCUGCAAUUCUUUGUUCCUGGAAACUCCUUCAUUUAGAGCCAUCUAUAUUAAUCAGCACUGGAAGCACCAACACACUUAAUCGAAAUGAGACUGAAGAAACUGAAUUACCAUGACACCCAUCUCCAGAAAUGGGCUUUGGAAAUAACAUGCAAUAGGCUGAUGAUUCAGCAAUUCUCUUUGAGCGGGGAGUGUCGCCAUUAGUAUUGACUCAAGUUUUUAGGGGAGUUUUGGGGUUCUGACUUCUGAUCACCCUUCUUUCUCUCCUGCCUCCUGAUUAUUCUCAUUUCAAACAGCUUAUUUGAUAGUAAUCAGGGCAGGACUUUGUUUUUUUAAUUUCAGAAAGUCAUAUAGCAUUUACUUGUAAAUUGGCCUUGUAGCUUCUGAUAACAAGCUGAGAGUAACAUACAAUCUAAUUUGAUAUUGGAUUCGGAUUUUGCUUCGGUUGUACUGAAUUACCAAUAAAUUAGAGGUUUGGUAUUUUCAUUUCUGGUCUUGCCCUGAUUUUAGAAAUGAUAUAAAGAGCUGUAUGCACGAGGUUCCAGCUACUACAUAGCCUUGGGAGACCUGUGGGCAUUUGGCCUAGUCAUAGGGUGACUUGUGUUUGAGCAUGCUGUUAGAAACAAAUUGCUUUCUGGGCACUCUACUUUCGAUGCAUGAUGCUGUAUGUGCUGCAGCCAGGGGGUUCUUGUCUUCUUUCUCUGAUGUUUGAAGCAAUAGACGGAAAAGCUGCGUUAACACAAGUAGAAACUUGUUUUCGUGGAUAAGCUUUGUAAGGUUGCUCAAUUGUAAUUCAGGUCUCACAUGUUUAAAUCAUGAAAAUAGUUUUU